UUAUGGUUUUGUCUCUUGAAGACAAAUCAAUGUUUAAUCAACUUUGACUCCCAGGUUUAUGAUUGUCAAUUUGAAGUAAUUAGUUUACUUGGUUAACAGCAAAAAUAGUAGCUGCACGUAAUUUUAGUCAAUAAACCUCUAACAUCUUAAAGUUAAUUAAAAUGAUACAAUUUGCAAAAGGUGAUAAUUAGUUUUAUUUCGUUAGCGUAGAUGAGAUGACAGGCUAUCCUUGUAAUUAAUCUAACCAUAAAAUUACGUUUUAUUGUAUUUUUCAUGGUUAAUAUUAUUGAUGAUGAUAUGAUGGAAAUAAAUUGUGACGAGAAAAUACUGAAAAAGAACUGAGUAAAUGAUGAACGAAACCAUUAAAUCUGAUCAAGCUGGUAGACCAGAAGUAGUUUUGAAGAGGCUUUUACCGUUUUGUUGAUUUUUAUAACCAGUUAGUCUUAUAUAAUUUAAAUUGUUUUUAAAUCAUUUAAUUUGUUUAAUUAAUUGUGAUAAUAGUUUUCCAAUGGAUUUUAAAUUGCAAACCGUUGAUAAACACUCUAAAAAUGAUAACUCCAAAAACAAAUCAAAUGACAAUCAUGGGGUCGAUGUUAAAAUUAAAGGUGGAAUGUCAAUGAUAACAACUGUCCUGUUUGUGGCUGGUGAAAAUGCUGGAGCAGGAAUAUUGGCUAUACCACACACGAUAAACAAUGCAGGCUGGUUUGGAGUGCCUUUGAUGAUAAUGAUCUGUUUUGAUGCGGCUGUAGCUGCUUGUCUGCUUGGUAAAUGUUGGAUAAUACUGGAAGAACGUUGGCCUGAAUACAGGGUUCGUUGUCGAAAUCCUUAUCCCGAGAUAGGUAAAAUGGCUUAUGGGCCUCGGAUGAAGUCAAUGGUUACCUUAAUGCUUCAAAUCUCAUUAAUUGGUACCUCAGCAGUUCUCCUUUUGGUUUGCGUCCAAUUAACAUCCGAUCUGAUUGAUCGUCAUCAAAGUCUUUCCUAUGGUGUAUGGAUGGUAAUAAUUGCAGCCGUCAUCUGUCCAUUCAUGUGGUUUGGUACUCCAGUUGAAUUUUGGCCAGCAGCAGCAUUAGCGUUGGGUACUUCAGCAGCGGCAGUCAUCCUCUUAAUGGUUGAUGUAACAAGGGAUUUUAUAGCAACAGCUGAUCGGCUACCAGAGGCUUCACCAGUUUCCUUGUCAACGGUUUCACUUGCUUUUGGGUCUCUUAUUUAUGCUUAUGGAGGAACAGGUCCUUUCCCGACGUACCAAAAUGACAUGAGAGACAAAACGAAAUGGAAUCAAGCUGCAAUUUAUGGAUUUAUAAUUUUGUUUGUUUUAACCGCUCCUCUGGCUGUUUUGGGUUAUCUCACCUAUGGAUCAACCGUUAGUACCAACAUCAUUCAUUCAAUACCAAAUGGAAUCAAUCGAGACAUUAUCGCUAUUCUAAUGGCCGGACAUCUCUUUUUCGGUUUCUUGUUGAUGAUCAACCCUGCGGUCCAAGAGAUUGAAAAUAAAUUCAAAGCUCCUCGCUCCUUCAACUGGAAAAGAGUUGCGAUCCGAGUUUUGAUGCUUCUCUUCAUUUUAUUCAUUUGUGAAUCAAUUCCUCGAUUUGGUAAAUUACUGGAUCUGGUCGGAGGGUCAUCAAUGACUUGUUUAGCUUACAUAUUUCCACCACUAUUUUACGUUAAACUGUGUUCAAUGAAAAACCCUUCAUGGCCUGAAAGGCGGAUUUCCCUAUUUGAAAAGUUGCAUUGUUACAAAAUUAUUAUCAUUGGAAUAAUUGGCGGAGUUUGUGCCACUGUUGCUGCUAUUGUGGCUAUUUUAAGUCCAGGCACAUUUGUAUUGCCUUGUUAUAUUGAUCUAAAUUGUACCAAUGAAUAGAUCUGAAAUUUAUUAAUUUGUAUUUUCCUUCUCGCAGUAAUUGUCUUCCAAAAUUGAUUGCAACAGUUUGCUGUUCGUUUGCACAAACAUUUAAUCUUUAUGACUAUCAAUUUGCCAAUUACUACUGAAGAGGUUUUUCAUAUUACAUGCGUUUCAGCCAUGA